AAUAAACAACAUAAUAAAGCUUGAAAUAAAACGUAAAUAGCUUAUCAAUGACUGUGCCGAUGUCUGAAGUCAUAUAUUAUUUUAAAGAGAACCUGGCCUACACGGAAGAUCAUGUGUUGGUGAAGAAUCUGGUUUUUAAAUGCGCAGAAAAUCUGGAGGCGCAGCUGAUUCAAAAGCAUUUUGAGACUUUUGGAUGCGUUGUAGAAUUGCAUCUGUUUCCGAGUGAAGAUAAAAAAAUAACUGGCUAUGUUCUCUUUGAGAAUGCUCUUAAUGCUGCCAAUGUAUUGAAGAGAGAGUUGCAUAAAGUCAAUAAAUACUGUGUAACAGUUCAGCCCAAUUACAGUUGGUUUCAACCAGAUGCUGACAAAUUGCCGGAUAAUUUUGAUCCUAAUGAAACUGCAGGCAUUUUAAAAUUAAACGAUUAUUGCCUGGAACAUAUAUUCCAAAAACUAUCGAUAACUGAUCGCAUUCACUUUGCACGCACCUGCUAUCGUUUUCAAUGCAUUUAUGAGGGAAUGUCGCCGAUGUUGGACAAAUGUAUCGAUUUUCAAAUAAUUAAGGAAAUGACUGCGUUGGAAUUGCAUGAUUUUUUUCAACUUUCCGGACGUUAUAUAAAGCAAAUAAUAGGUGAAAUACCAGAUCAGUACUUUCAACUCGGUGAUAAUAAAUUAAAAAUGUUUGCAAAUCUCAAAAGUCUUCAAAGUCUGGAAAUAAUGCAAUUCGAACUUAACAGUAGAGAUCUGCAAGUAUUUGAACAUUUGAGUCAGCUUAAGAAAUUGCGUAUAUUGGAUUUAAAAAUGGAAAGUGCCGAUCAUUUAAAUUAUCUGCCAAAGUCUAUAGAGUCAUUUUCAGUGGAUUACUUCGAGGGCUGGCAACACUCAAACUUGUUAGUUAAUAUUUUUGACAGGUUACCGUUGCUUAGGGAAUUGCAUAUACCGCACAAUACCCUCGAAUCACCCUGUGUCGAGCAACUUAUCAACGACAAAUGCUGUGAAUCCUUGGAGAUUCUCUCCAUUGGCUGUGAUGAUUUUGAGCGGGCUGAUUAUCAUCAGAGAUUUGCCUGAUCCCAA